CACCACCACCACCUCCACUACCUGGGGCUCCUCCUCCGCCUCCCCCUCCACCAAUGCCUGGAGCUCCUCUUCCUCCACCACCACCUCCUAUACCUGGAGGUGCUCCUCCGCCUCCUCCUCCCUUGGGUUGGGCUUCCGUCCCACCCGGCCUGUCCCGUGCUGCCACGCUAAGCGAAAGGUUGCCACGUCCCUCCAUCAAAAUGAAACAUCUCAACUGGAGCAAAGUGAGCCGCCACACCAUCAGUAAUUCUGUGUGGCAGGAAGUGCAACAAGACUUGAGCGUCUCGCCGAUCGCUAACAUCAACUACCAGCAGGUGGAGCAGCUGUUCUGUCAGAAAAGCCGCGCCCCGCCCACGCCGCGCCCUUCACGUGCACAGUCGACGAGUGAAGUGUCUCUUCUGGAUUCCAAAAAAUCACUUAACGUCAAUAUCUUCUUAAAACAAUUUAAGGUCUCGCAUGCGGAGGUGGCGAAUCUCAUCAGACAGUGUCGAAGUACGGAGAUCGGCGCAGAGCGACUCAGAGGAUUUCUAAGGAUCCUGCCGGAAGACAGUGAGGUGGGCAUGAUCAAAGAGUACCAAGGGGACAAGGCCAAGCUCGGGGACGCUGAAAAGUUUUACGUGGAGCUACUGCAGGUGGAGGGGUACCAGGUGCGCCUCGACGGCAUGAUACAGAUGGAAGAACUGUAUCCCGCUGCAGAUAAACUGAAGCCCCAGAUCACCUCGCUUCUUACCACCGCUGACAAAAUCCUUACCAGCGAAAGUCUGAAGGAAUUCUUUGCGUACAUUCUCACCCUCGGGAACUUUAUAAAUAUGGGGAGUUACGCUGGGGACGCUAUUGGCUUCCGGCUACCAACCAUCUCCAAGCUGUGGGAGACUCGCGCCAACACUCCCGGCGUGACGCUGUUGCACUACGUUGUGGAGACUGUGGAGGAGAAAGAACUUGAGAUCCUCGCAUUCCUUGAUAACCUUGGUGACCUUUCUUCCCCUGCCAGGUUGAGCGUGGAGGGGCUGAGUGGGGAAAUUGGGACACUGAAUUCUGAUUUGACAGCGUUGACCAAAAAGUUACAGGAUGCUCCCAAAGAUAUUCAGGAACGCUUUUCAGAGUUCACCAAGAAGGCAGCAGGUGUGAUGCAUGACCUGCAAGUCAGCCUUCAGGAGCUGGAGCGCUCCAGGAUCAAGCUGGCUCAGUACUUCUGUGAGGACGAGUCAAAGUUCCGACUUGAAGAGUGUGUGUCAAUAUUUCACACUUUGUCAUGCAAGGUGCAGACUGCUAGAAAGGACAACGAAUCAAGAAGGAAGAGGGAAGAGCGAAAGAAGCGGAUGGAAGAGGAGCGUCGACGGCAGGCGGCGGAGAGGGAGGCAACCAGCGGCAAGAAGAGAGGGAAAGGACCACCACUGCCAAACCCUCAAGAAGACAGUGGUGGGUGUGUGAUAGACCGUCUCUUGGCUGAUAUACGCAAAGGGGACUUCAAACUAAGGAAAAAAUCACCUGCUCCGACCAUGAGUGCAUCAAACUAAGGCUUACUUCCAAUAGUGGAAUGGGAAAGACAUACCUAAUAGGAGACAAGUGGUCUUUCAUUGCUUGGAGUGUGCUUUCCUUCUUGGACAAUAUAAAAAUAAAAUGUGCUCUUUUCAUUCAGAUAUUAUUCUCCCUGACUUGAAAAUUAGUAAAAAUACUUUGAGGGUGAAGAUUAAUUAAUUUUCCAAUACUUUGAGGGUGAAGAUUAAUUAAUUUUCCUAUAUUGAAACUCUACACCAGAUCUAUUGCUGAGCAGGUAAACAUGGUGAGAUGGAUGGAGAGAUGAGAGAAAGGGCCAUGAAAAUUAGCACAUCUCAAGGUCAUUUGCGUGGAGAGUCAUGAGGUGAAAUGUCUGGAUAUAAGGCAAGGCUUACACAAUAGUAUCCUCCUGCCAACGAUGAAACAUGCAUAAGACAUAGACAUGGAAUAAGGCACAGCAAUUAAGGAUGCAUCAGUUGAAGUUAUCUGAGAUGUGCAUGUUGGAGUAAAGUAAAUGCAUAUAAAAAAUAAGGGAUGCUGCAACCUGAAAAUGCUAAGAAUAAUGAAAGUACAUAUGAAAUGUUGUAUAAGGACUUAUGCAAGUGAAAAGGAACACACUGAGAUGGUAUGGCCAUAUUGAAGAUAAGAGAACAUGUGAGCAAAGUUGAAGGCAGUUACAGGAGAGCAAAGGUACUUAAAAAAUAGGAUAAGGUAAAGAAAUACAAAAGUGAAAGAUGUGUUAACAGAAACAAAUGCUUGAACAAGUGAGAGAAGGAGUGGAUUCUGCUGUGGGCACUUACUUUGGAGUGAGACAUCAAAGAUAUAGAAUAUUUCACACUUAAAACUUAAGAAAAAAAAAAAAAAAAAAAAAAAAAAAAACUAGUGUAUAUUUGUAUAUCAUCAGUCUUAGAGAUAAAUGGUGAGUAUCAUUAUUAUAUUUUGCCUGAUACCUAAUCCUAAAACAAAAUGGCCAUGAUAGGGUUCCAUGGGGCAGCUGCUGCUAAACCCUUAAAAGCUGGGAAAACUAUUUAGAUGAUACUGACCACUGCAAAUCCAGAAAACUUGACAUUGAUGCCAUGCUUAUAUUAGCCAUACCUGGUGCUUGAUAGCUGACUGGGUAGGUACAUUACUCCCUAUGUCUCAUUAAAGAAAACAAUGAAGGACUAGAGAACCUCACCUCACCACACCUUUUGGAUUAUUAUUCCUAUAGAGAACCCAGAUGUGCUGCCUUGUUUCUGCUUCCUAUCUUUUUAGGACAGUUGUCAGGCUGGAAUAAAGACUAAUUAUAUGUACUUCUAUCACACAUGAUAAAAACAUUGUGUGCAAAUACCUUACAUUGUUGAUGUUUUAUUGCAGUCUUAAAAUACUCGUACAAAUCUGGGGAUAUUUUUUCUAUUCUAUUUAGGUAUCUGCAGUUUUUAGAUUGUUUCAGUAUGGCUUAGUUCCACAUGAUCCUUAAAAAAUUAUAAACCAUACUGAAACUGUAGGUAUGUAAAGCUAACUAAAUGCAACCAGUUGGAGAAGCUUUCAGUAUAAUGAAGUGUCAUCAUCUAGAUAAAAUCUAAGUUUUAAUAGCUUUCUUAUAAGAAUCAUUAACUCAUACAUGCAAGGAUCCUUUCAAGUUUGCAUACCUACACCAUACUAUUUUCAGAGCUAAAAACUGCAGGAACAUAUACAUAACUGCAUGAAAAAUCUCCUGAAGAUAUAACUUAGUUCAAAAAUGGAUAUCCAAAUAACAAAAAUGAGACUUACAUACAAACCAGCAAAAAGGUGAAACACCAGUUUAUAUAACCUGAUGCAGGAAACUAAGAAAGUUGGAGGUUCAUCAAUACUGAAGUGUGAGGAAAACUAUAUCUUGUUUAUUCUUAUCAAUACCAAGUCAGUGAAUACCACAUUUUUUGGCUCAAUAGAAUCAUUCUGACUGAACCUUUGAAGAAAAAAAAAAAGAAAAGGAAAUGAAAGAAAAAUCCUGAUCAUGACUAGCAGCAAAUGAUGUCUGGCAUCAAAAUAAAACCAUUUAGCGACUAUUGAUGACAGGUGGCACUGGAACUGUAGUUUGCUCUUUUUAAAUGAUAUUGUUUACUUUUAUAUCAAGAGAGAGAGAGAGAGAGAGAGAGAGAGAGAGAGAGAGAGAGAGAGAGAGAGAGAGAGAGAGAGAGAGAGAGAGAGAGAGAGAGAGAGAGAGA